AUGUUUCGUUUCCGAUCCACGGCUUCGUCCCCCUCCGCUUCCCCCUUUCCCACUCCGCCACGCAAAACCAGCCAGCCAGGUGCUUUGCCCCCCAGCACUUCCGCCUCCUCCCAGCUCUCCUCUACCGACUCACUGCCUUCGAACGCGAGCAGCAACAGCAGCAUCUUGUCGUUACUGCACGCUCACUCUUCCACAUCCACCGCUUCUUCCCUCUCCACCGCGCUGUCCCCUACUGCCUCGGUUGUAUCGCUUCCCUCCGAGCCCUGUCUCACCGCAGAGCCUCUCACCGCAUCGGCUGCAUCCGAGCCCAGCAAAUUUUCGGCUAGUCCGGCGCGCUCCUCCACUGCUGCUCGCAAGCCGCGCUCCCAGUCAGCUGCCUCUUCGCGCAAGUCUACGCUUCCGACGUCUGCUCCACGCACUUCAAGAGCUACUGCUUCCACCACCACCACCACCAUCCACGCUCGACCUUCCUCGAUUACGGCAAGCCGCCGAUCCACCAUUGUUCAUUCCGACCCAGAGCAUCGAACGCUAGCAGCAAUGGCCAAGAAGGCCAAGGUCGGCUCUGCCGCCAAAUCAUCGCCCUUCACAAAGCCGGCUUCGACUGCGCCUGAAAAGGCUGCCACCGAGUCGAAGGUGUCUACUACCACAGAUGCAGAGGCUACGACGUUGGCAGCCGUGGCUGAAGAUGAGGUCGCCGCGCCUUCCGCAGUGGUGUCGAGCCCAUCAUCGUCUGCUAAAGCGGUAGAAGCGGGCUCGUCAUCCUCAGAGUCCAAGCAGAAUGUCGUCGUCUGCGUCCGCAUGCGCCCCACUCGCACAACCACAUCCGAACCCCCCGUCUGGACCUGCGACUCGACCAAAAACCAGAUCGUCCCCACAGAACACCACCCGGCCAUCGCCAAGCGCACCACCUCAUCCGAACGCGCAGGCAUCGCCCCCUCCCUCGCCCCCGCCCCUUCCACCCACGACCUCGACCACGAAGACGCCGCUACAUCCACCUACCACUUCCAGUUCGACAAGCUCAUCACGGGCAGCCAGACCACGGAUGACAUGUACCACUCGCACAUUGCGCCUGUCGUGCGCGCCGCCAUGGAGGGCUACAACGGCACCGUGUUCGCGUACGGCCAGACGGGCAGUGGAAAGACCCACACCAUGUCCGGGAGUGACGUGGAGCCCGGUGUGAUUCCGCGCGCGGUGCAACAGGUGUUUGCCAUGAUCAGCGACGAGCCGGACCGCGAGUUUCUGUUGCGUGUCAGCUACCUCGAAAUCUACAACGAGACGCUCAAGGAUCUGCUCGCUCCGCUUCCGCCCAUUGCAGGGUCGGGUGGUGUAUCGCUGCAGACGACGGAGCGCCCGGCAUCGCCCAUCAAAGGCGGCUCGAGCCACGCAGCAGGUCAAUCGCAGUCCUCGACGCUGCGCAUCAUUGAGGACCAGAAGCAGAGCCGCGUCAUCAUCACGGGCUUGCGCGAAGAGAUUGUUACGGAUGCUGAGACGGUGCUCGACCUGCUCCAGCGCGGCCAGGAUGAGCGGCACGUCGGCGCCACGGACUGGAACGAACGCAGCUCGCGCUCGCACUGCGUUUUUCAGCUGACCAUCGAAUCGCGCUCCCGCAACCCCUCUGCCGCAGCCGGCAAAGAAGUGCGCAUCAGCCAGCUCAAUCUUAUCGACCUCGCGGGUUCCGAACGCGCAGCCAGCCAGGCAGAACGCCGCAAGGAGGGCGCAUUCAUCAACAAGUCGCUCCUCACUCUGGGCACUGUGAUCGGCAAGCUCACCGAGCCCGAGGACGGCGCUGAGGCACACAUACCCUACCGCGACUCGAAGCUGACGCGCAUCCUGCAGACGUCGCUGUCUGGCAAUGCGCGCAUUGCGGUCAUCUGCACGCUGAGCCCCGAUGGCGAGCAUGCCAACGAGACGCUCUCGACGCUCAAGUUCGGCAAGCGCUGCAAGCUGGUGGUGACGACUGCGAAAAAGGGCACUGCGAUGGACGACAAGGCGCUCCUGCAGAAGUACCGGAAGGAGCUGGAUGCGCUGCGCGCGAGGUUGGAGGCCAACGGUCCGUCACCGAAUCCGGGCGAUGUUGUCGUGGCGCCGGUGUCAGAGGAGGAAUCGCGCGAGUCGCAGCAGAAGCUGGACGAGCUAAAUCAGCAGCGACAGGCGGCACAGCGGGAGGUCGAGGACAUGCAGAAGAAGCGCACCAAUCUCAAGGGGCAGAUCGAGCACCUAACGCGGCUCAUCUUGACGUCUCAGAGUGUUGCGGCCGAUGCAUCCGAAUCAAACGCUGCUGCGGGGCCAAGUACGCCGGUACGCGCACGCUCUGCGCACGCCUCGGCGCUCGCACGUCGCGGCCCGCGCAUGAGCGACUUGCAGUUCAACGGCGGCGGCAGCGGGUCGGGCUACAACAGCCCCGUCGCCGGCCCCAGCUCCCUCUUUGCCGCCAGCACAGAUGCAACACUGAGCGGCGUCAAGCCGUUCGAACUGGAAGCCGAGCUCGCUGCACUCCGCCGGCAGCUGCGCCAGCAGAUCGAGUCGCGGCAGAACCUCAUCACCGCACAUCAAGCAGAACUCGCCGCACGAGACGCGCGCCAAGCCGAGCUGCAAGAGGCGAUCCGACUCAACGAGGAGGAGCUCGACGAAGCCGAACUCGCCUACGACAAGCUGCGGCAAGAACGAGACGAAGCGCGCAAGAUUGCGCUCAAAGAGCAGGACAAGGCGCGCGAGAACCGCAAGAAGCUGCUCGAGGAACAGGAGGCCAACCGGCUGCUCAAGCUCGUGGCGAAGGCCAGGGCCGACGAUGGGGAUCAACUGCUGCAGGAUCAGAUUGAUGUGCUGCGCCAGAGGCUGUCGGCGAAAGAGGCCGAGGUCGAGGCGGUAAGGCAGAGGCUGGAGGCCGAGUUGGCCGAGGCGAGGAAGGGGAUCGAGGAGGAGAAGGCGGCGAGGGUGCAGGCGGAGAGCGAGGUGGAUGAGGUGGGCAAGGCUAAGCAAGCGCUUCAGUCGGAAUUGGAUGCAGCGAUGGCGUCGGUCGCCGAGUGGAAGUCGAAGCAAAAAUCUACCGCUGAUGAUGACGACGACGACGACAUCAAUGCCGAAUUCCAAGACCUCGUCCGCGGCAGCCAGCCCAAACAGGCCUCCAACACUACCACCACCGAACAGCUCAAGCAGCGCGAAGCCGAACUCGCAGACCGUGAAACCCAGCUGCAACACCUCCGCACCGAGCUCGACCAGACGCGUCUCGAGCUAGCCCAAGCCCAAGCCCAAGCCAAACCCGAAUCCACCACCACGACGCGCGAACUGGCCACGCUCCGCGACGAGCUCAGCCAAUCCGAAGAAGAGCGUCACACGCUGCAGAUCGAGCUCGCCAAAGUGCGCGCCGCCGCAUCGGGCCGCGAGUCAGAAGCGCAGAGGCUGGGCUCGCUCGAAGCGGAGCUCGCGAGUGCCAAUGCGAGGAUUGUUGCGUUGCAGGAGGAGGUGGCUGCGGAGAAGGCGAGGAGUGCUGAGGCGGCUGCGAAAGUGGCGCGACCGCUGCCUGUGCCCUUUGCUGCGCAGGAGGGGGGAGCUACGGGUGGGUAUCGCGGAGGAGGAGGGUCUGUCCCCUCGUCACCUACCAAAGCUUUCACCGCAGGUGGCUCGAAGUUGCGACCUGCCGCGGCCACCACCCCGAUCUCUAGCCUCACCAGUGGCCUCAACCGCGCUGGCUCCGUGAAAGAGUACCGACGGUACACACCCGGAGCCACCGAGUCCCCUCCUGCCUCGGGCUCGCGAAGCGUGCUCUUGCAGCACCAGGCAACGUUCGACGCUAGCUCUUCCCCCGCAUCCAAGGCGGAGAAGGAGGAGAUCGAGCGGCUGAACGCCGUGAUCAGCUCGCAGCGCGCCAUCAUGGCUGAUCUGGAAAAGUCGGUGGCCUCUUGGAAGACGCGCAUGAAGGCGCAGGCCGAGCUGAUCCAAAAGCUUGUAGUCCAAACCGGCGCCGGCGGGGGUGGUGCUGGCGGUCACACCCCGCCCACGUCCGACGCCGAGAACGACGAAGUGUUCGGCACCACUUCCAUCAACGCUUCUCCACAGCGCCGCAAGCAGCAGCAGCCAGAAGCAUUCCACACACUGCCACGGACAACACACCUCGCCCUCGGCUCCAACGAACCUUACUACGGCGCACACACCUUCAACCGCCCCCCUCCCCCCUCGUCCGCCGGCUGGCCCGCUUCGCCCACCAAACCGUUCGCCUCGAGCUGGGCCAAUACGUGGACCCCCUCGUCCCCCAACCCUCUGCCUCUGCCUUCCGGAGGAGAAGGUGGGGGAGGCGAGGGCGCGUCGCCGUCUAAACGCAAGCCACGCAAGACGAUCGAGAUGGACCUCAAGCUUCUCAAGUCGAGCCCGCGCGUUGAGAGCAACAAGACCAAGUUCUCGCUCGACGCGUUCGGCGCUGGCGCCCAGGACACCCCCACCAGGCGUAGAGGCACCAACGCUUCCGCUUACUACAUUUAG